UUUUCCUCCUCCUAGCUCUUCUUCCACCGGCCAAUUCUUCUUGUCAUGGCCAUCUUUGAAUAAUUCCCUUUCCCGUCAUUGUAUAUUAUACGUCCGCCACCUCGAAUCUUACGAAGGUGCGACUGUGUCUCUGGUGCAUAGUGUUUUUGCUUUGGUACUUCCAGCGUCUCUGAUUCACUUCCACCUCACCUCAAUCAUCUUGGACGGCCAACCACUGUCAAUUCCAGAUUGCAAGACUCAGAAUCUUGUUACUCGAAAUCACUUAUAAACACCUUCUCGCCCUCGCUCUUUCGGAUAUAUACCUUUGCUGUUUGGUAUCCGUCAAUAUCUGUCAUAUAUCACUAAAGCUCAUCCUCGUCUUGGGGACACAACAUCUGCUGCUUACACGCCAAACUUACCGGAUCUCAAUACUCUCAUAACGUCACUAUGUCUGAAUCAGAACAUCAAAAUGUCGGGCGCAGCCCUCUUGGCUUUGCUGGGCCACUAUCCCUCUCGAUGCCUUCUUUCGAUUUUUGGUAUUCGAGCACCUUCUGGCUGUACCUUUUCCUAGGUCUCUGGUUUCAUCGCUAUUUCCGUCUUCUAGUCCACUGCGUCAGCCAUUGGACAUACAAGUCAAAGCCCAUUCCCAGCAAACCGACCUUCACUAGCAAGGACGUUACUGUUGUCAUCCCCACUAUCCAUAACGCUUUUGAGGAGCUUCGCCCUUCUCUGGAGAGUAUUCUGGCUUGUGAGCCGGCUGAGCUUAUCCUGGUCACUACGCAUGAUAAGCGAAAGGAGCUUCAAAAGUUGGCUGACUCUCUGGUCUUUCCCAAAGUUCGAGUUCUGGACACCCCCAUCGCGAACAAGCGCCUUCAAGUGUGCGAGGCCCUCCCCAAGGUUGAGACGCCCAUCACUAUCAUGGCGGACGACGAUGUGACUUGGCCCUCUACUCUUAUGCCGUGGAUUUUGGCUCCAUUCGAAGAUCCUGAAAUCGGCGGUGUUGGAACUUGCCAGCGGGUUCGACGGGAGCACGACGGUUCUUGGUCGACCAAGGCUUGGAACUGGUUGGGUGCUGCUUACAUUGAACGCCGCAACUUUGAAAUCUCGGCUACACACAACAUCGACGGCGGCACUUCCUGCAUGUCUGGCCGCACCGGUGCCUACCGCUCUGAAAUUCUCUCGAGUCACGAUUUUCUCCACGGCUUCAAGAACGAGAAGUGGAGAAAGUGGAUUUUGAACGCUGACGACGACAACUUUGUGACUCGUUGGCUGGUGAGCCACCAAUGGAAGACAUGGAUUCAGUACGAGAAGGAGUGCGAGAUUGAGACAACAUUGGAGAACAGCACCAAGUUUCUGUACCAAUGUUCUCGUUGGGCUCGAAGCAAUUGGCGAAGCAACUGGACCAGCAUGGUUACUGAGCGUUACAUUUGGAAGCAACAAUUGUGGUGCACAUACGCUCUUCAUUUCGCAACUUUCACUUCGCUGGCUUUUCUCAUCGAUCCACUUCUUCUCGCUUCGUGCUGGUGGGGAACCGCAGACUGGGAUAUGCAGAACCGCAGAUACGCUUUCUGGUCUCAAUUUGUUUUCAUGUUUGCCUUUACCAAGGUGGUCAAGCUGAUGGGUUUGUUUAUUCGAAACCCCACCGAUGUCAUGUUCCUGCCCGUUUCGGUCGUGUUUGGAUAUUUCCACGGAUUGGUCAAGCUCUAUGCCCUGAUCACAUUGAAUAUGACGUCUUGGGGCAGCCGAGCUGACGGUGAUGCGAACGAUGAGCAGCGAUUGGCCCCGGCCCCUCAGCCUUCUAUUGUUUUGAAGACUCCUCCCGGAAAGGGCUCGCUCAUUCGUUACAAUGCUCGCCAGAAGGGACGACAGACGCAAGCACAGCAAGUCUCGUGGGAGAAGAGUGAUUAUGCCUCCUACGAUUCAAGCACAUCGUAUGUGCCAAUACGGGUGCAUACACCUAUGGCAACAACGCCAAUUGACACCAAGCUGUAUACGAACGAGAGUUCGAACACUUGUUGGGCAAUCUGACCUGGCAACGACACGAUUUUGAUGAAGCCAUGAGUAACGUUUUCAUUUUCACAUGGGAAGUUAAUUAUCUAAGACCAAUGAGGUCGAGAGAAACACAAAACUCUUCCCGCUUAUUCUCUUUCAACGCUUCUUUCACACCACACCACAGCCACCACCAAAAAAAGGACGGAUUGGGGACAUGGAUGGAAAAAGUUAUUGCUUCUGCUUUUUGGGGAGGAACGAUGGAGACGCUUUUCCAGUCGACGGCCGCUGACGAGGUUCAGAAUGUCACCUGCUUGGAUUGAGAUAUUUCCAGAGCAGAUGAAAGACAUGUGGCAACCUGAACAGCGAGCUUUGCUGGACCAAAUAAUUUUGGUGGGCGAAAGGCAGUCGAGGCUAUCAUGAUACUAGCCUCAAUUGCUGAUGGAGCCCGAGCUGAGGUCAUCAUUUCUCGUUUUGUAACAAUUUGGGACUAUAUGGGAAUUACGGAUGGGUGGCAUUUUACGUGGUGUGAGAGGUCCACAAAGGGCAUACAAAGCUUUGAGGCAUAACUAUGCUAGUGAUAAUCAAAAUAUCUGGGGUUUCUAAGCUCCUAACU